CGCCUUGCGCGUGCGCAGAUGAUAAACCAACGCCCCGGAGUUGAGGCGCGGGUUUGGUGGCGCGUUUUAGCGAAGUCGCACGUGAAGGGCAGUAGUGGCCGGAGCCCGGCCCAGCCAUGGCAGGCGCAGGCAGCAGCUCGCCGCGGGGCAGGCGUGUGUUCAGAGGCGUCCUGCUGGUCCUCGUGGCCCUCGCGCUCCUGCACUCGGCAGCGUCCCAGUCCCGUGCAGACUUUGUGCCGCCAGGCCAGCAGAAGAGGGAGGCCCCGGUUGAUCUCUUGAGCCAGAUAGGUCGGUCUCUGCGGGAAACGCUGGAUGCCUGGCUUGGCCCAGGGACCAUGCACCUGAUUUCGGAGACCUUGUCUCAGGUGAUGUGGGCCAUCUCAUCCGCCAUCUCGGUGGCCUUCUUCGCGCUGUCUGGGAUUGCUGCGCAGCUGCUGAAUGCCUUGGGGCUGGACGGAGAUCACCUCACCCAGGGCCUGAAGCUCAGCCCCAGCCAGGUCCAGACCUUCCUGCUGUGGGGAGCAGGGGCCCUAGUCGUCUACUGGCUUCUGUCCCUGCUGCUUGGCUUGGUGUUGGCCUUGCUGGGCCGGAUCCUGUGGGGCCUGAAGCUUGUCCUCUUCCUGGCCGGCUUUGUGGCCCUGGUGAGGUCCGUGCCCGACCCUUCCACCCGGGCCUUGCUCCUCCUGGCCUUGCUGACCCUCUACGCCCUGCUAAGCCGGCUCACCGGCACCCGGGCCUCGGGGGCCCAACUGGAGGCCAAGGUUCGAGGCCUGGAGCGCCAGGUGGAAGAGCUGCGCUGGCGACAGCGGCGGGCGGCCAAGGGGCCCCGGGGUGUGGAGGAGGAGUGAGGGGCGCCGGGACAAGGCUGCCUUCGUUGUCACCGUCGUCAUCGUCGUCCUCGUCCUCUUCGUCAUCGUACCAAAGAGCUGCCCUGCUUCUGGAUCACACAGCCCUCCUUCCAGCCCCUUGCCCCUAUCUUGCCGGUCUCUGAACUGUCAGAACCUUCCUUCUUCACCGGACCCCACCCCUGGCUGAGAAAGAGGCAGACCAUUCCCCCUGCCUUCUGGGGUUCUCUGUCUGGGAUUGGUUCUCUUAACCCUUUCUCUGCUCCCAGCCUGCCUCUGUCUGGGUGGGUUGGAAGGGCCUCCCCCCAUGGCUCAGUGAACCACACUGGGUGGUGAACGUCACUGCCACUGGUCUCCUGAGACUCAGCCAGCUCGGCUCAGCCUCCGCCUUGCCUCCUUCCUGAUGCGCUCCGUCCUUCUGCAGCCCCUCCUCUGCCAGGCUUCCUUCCUCGUGGGUCUCCUUCCUGCCCUGUGCUCCGCCCACACCACAGUCCCUCUGGUCCUCCUCGUCGCCCAGCCCUGGGGAAGAGGCAGGGCAUGCGGGACCUGAGGGGAAGGGAAGGGGGAAGUUCCCACACAGGGCUGGGAGCAAGGACCGACACCGGGUCUGUUCUAAGUGCCUUAAUCCGAGCCAGCAGGACCCUCUGCCUGCCCGCCGCUGCUGUACUGUAUGUAGGAAAGUGCACUGUGGCUGCUUUGUGUCAAGAAGAGAGUUUUCCGUCUCAGAUUCUGGAUUCCCCUUUCAGCCAAAGCAAAAGGUGACUGCCUCAUAGGCUCGUGCCUGCAAGUGGGACCCUGCAGUGGCCAUCAGAUUCCCUGUGGGGAUGUCAGAGACACUGAAGGAGAAAGGGGGACUCACCUGUCUGCCCAGCUCCGGAAGACUCUCCAUCCCUCUCCCUCCAUUCACUGCCACUAGAGUUGCCCAUCAGGGGCCACCCUGGGGGCCCAGGAGGAGUGUGGAGCAGACCCACUGGAGCUGCACACCCACAGCCCCUCCCUUCACAAGCUCCAAGAGGGCAGGGUGAGCCCUCUCCUCCAGGGCUCUUGUUCGUCCUUUGAGGUUCUGGGGGAGGUGGGUGUCCUUGGCAAGGCCCAGCGUGUGACGUGAAGAAUGAAUUAAAUGCCCAGUUCUUAACUGUUAAGGUUUGAUGUGGUAUCACAGCUGCAGUGAGAUAUAUUUUUAUCAGCGCUUGGUUGGUUUUAAAUAAAAUGCACGCUAUUUUAUUAUCUUGUUCCACAUAAAAUGUAUUUACUCAAA